CGGUUCCGGAAGUUACCGUAUGACGUCACGUAAACAGGAGAAAAGCGGUCAGUUCAACUCUGAAGAAGCUAACCAAAGUCAGCUCUAAUAAAUGAAAAGCCAAUUUAAAAAAAAUAUAUGUUUACUCCCCCUCCCCGCGCAAAAAAGUACAUAUUUCACGGUAUGUUGUGCGACUCGUUGACUAUUCGUCUGAUCCGUCAACUUUGUUUUAAACUCUUAAGUCACCAUGACUACUUGCUCGAUAUUAAAGCUAACAACCUCGUUAGUUGGUGAUUUGACGUUGCGUUUGUGGCUUGAAGAAAUUUUGAAUCGUAGUCCCCGCUUGUUAUGGAAGAAAAGGAAAUAAGUCUCAUCGACAAGAAUAUUUCAAGCUUGCUGGAGGUUCCCCUGCGUCCCACCAUCACAUCACUCAACCUGCACUGCAAUCGCAUCCCGAGGAUCGAGGGCCUGCAGUUGGCCUGGCUCCUGAGACACCUGGACCUCUCCUCCAACUGCAUCACCAAGAUUGAGGGUCUGGCGACCCUCACAGGCCUCAGGACUCUGAAUUUAUCCUGCAAUGCCAUAACCAAGGUUGAGGGACUGAACGGCCUCGUGAAUUUAACGAGGUUAGACUUGUCCUUCAAUCAGAUCAACGACCUCAGCGGGCUGCUGCAUCUCCGAGCCCCCGCUCGCAAACUCAAGCACCUCAGUCUCCAUAGCAACCGCCUGGACAGCGUGGAGCACCUCCUGCAGUGCCUGCUGGGAUUGCAGGGGUUGAGAGAGGUUCUUUUGAGCCACGGUGGCAAGGGCAACCCGCUGUGUGCGACGCCAGGUGUGCGUUUUGUUGAAGGUUACCGCGAUGUUGUGAUGCAGUCGCUGUCACAAGUGUCAAUUCUGGAUGGCCUGGAUCGUCUGGGACAGCCGUCAUGUUCCCUGACUGACAGUCCCUGUGACAUUCCCGGGCUGGAGAACUACGUCGACCUCCUCCUGCUCUCAGACACCAACCAUAAUGAGGUGGACGCUCAUCUGACCGCACCGAGCGUCGCGGAGGCUGUGGCGCCCUUUGGAGAGAGCGUCGCCCCUGAAGCCUUGACAGCGCCUGACAGGCAGCGCGUACAGCAGCAGCAGCAGCAGCAGGUCCGCUUUGCCGAUGUGGACCGAACGCUGUCUGUUAACGAAGAGCGGGUUAAGAAACUGGAGCAGCAGGUGUCCCGCCUUGUGCAGCAGGCUUCUGCGAGGCACAAGUCCAGUCAACCUCGUGACUCGGCGGGAAAAUCACGCAAGGCAGCGGAGGACGCGGACCGCACGUCGGAGAGCGAGUGCGAUAGCGGCCAGGAAAACGGAGCUCGCUCCGCCAUCCCCAAAUAUCGGAAGCUCGCACCGACGAGGACGAGCAAGAAAUCAGACAGUGAUCAGGAUAAUGCUAAACAAAGGGUUACAAAGCCUGCUGUCAGGUGGUCUUCUACCACCGUCGAUGCACCGAGCCCGACGAGGAGGGUCCCUCCGAGAGCCGGCAAGGAGGUUAUCCAUGUGAAACGCAAGUCCAGCGAGGAGGAAACCUAUAAGGCUCUUGUGGAGGAGCGGGACCAGGAGAGGGAGAGGCGCUGGAAGGCCGAGCAGGCUGUCACCAAGCUGACGGCCGAGCUCAAGUGCCUGAAGACGAAGCUCAGCGAGGAGAAAGACCUGCAGAGCAUGGCCAUGCACACCACCGACAGGCUUAAAGACUUGCUGCUGAAGGAGCGGUCGGGACGCGGCGAGCUGGAGACGCGCGUGGAGCAGCUGGACGGGAGGUGCCGCUCGCUGACCCAGCAGCUGGAACAAGCGCGCGGCGGCGAGGAGCGUCACAAGCAGGCGCUGCUGCGCCUGGAGGAGGACGCCGCCCGCGGACAGGCUCUGCGGGCUUGCCGCCAGGCCCAAGAGAUGAAGCGGCAGCAAGACCUGGAGAACAAAGUGACGGCUCUUAAACGCGAGUUGGAGGUCCAGAGAGCAAAAGUGCAACAGUUGCACGAACUGCUGGCAUGCCGGGAACAAGAGCACAGAAAGCAGCUGGAUUCGCGGCUGCAGCCAGGCGGGACGGAGUUCCUGGCGGCGGUGGCGAGAGAAGUGGCGUCCGAGAGGCAAGGUCACGCUCAGAGGGAGUCUGAGUUGAAGGACAAAGUGGAGGAGGGCAAGAAAGCGUACGUGGCUCUGGAGGACGAAUUCCGCAUGGCGCUCACCAUCGAGGCUGCGCGCUUCUCUGAGGUAAAGAAGUCGUACGAUCAAAUGGCGGCAGAGUUGCCAGCGCUCCGAGCGGCGCUGGCUCAGUCGCGGCAGACGGAGAAGAAAUCGGCCUCCCUGGUGCAGGAGCUCACAGCGCUGGUUGAGGAGCAGAAGAGCCGCAUCUCGGAGCUCGUAAGAGCCAAGAGAGAAGCUUUGACCGAGUUCAAGAGGCGCGCUCAUGCUCUGGAGGCCGAGCUGGAUCGGGACCGCCGCGUCCGCCUUCAGCUCGAGGCGCUCAGGAAGGACAAAGCGCGACUUUCGUCGCAGCUCGGCGCGCAGGAGUCUGUCAUCGACGGCCUCAGGGCAGAGAGGAAACUUUGGGGGCAGGAGCUCGCUCAGCAAGGAGCGUCUCUGGCUCAAGACCGCGGACGCCUCGAGGCCAGGAUUGAAGCGCUGGGCGCUGAGGUCGAGGCACAGAAAAAGCAGAUCGAGAGGGACGGCGACGCCCUUAAGAUCAAAGGCAAAAUCAUGGAGGAUCAAACGGAAACCAUUCGUAAACUGAAAGAGACCCUGCAGGAGCGCGACGAACAGGCCCGCAGCCUGCGCGACGACAAGGCCCAGGCCGAGAAGACAUUGCGGCGGCAGCUCGAGGAAGAGACGUCUCGGCUGUCCGAGCUGAGGGAGCGUGUGGAACACCUCAGCGUGCGCAAGGAGGAGCUCAAGCAGCAGUUGGAGGACAAGGAGGCCGAGGUUGAAGAAGUCAAACGAAUUCACGGCGAGUCCAGUCAAAAGUGGCAGGAGAAGGCUCAGCUGCUCACUCAACUGGAGAGCCAAGUGAAGCGCAUGAAGGACGCUUUUGACGGCAAGGAACGAUCCCUCCUGGAGGAGAAAGAGCGAGCCACGCUGGCGCACAGAGCGGCGGCGGAGAAGCUGCGCUGCGUGGACGAUGCUUUUCGCGCGCAGCUGGAGACUCUCCAGGCUACCCAUCAGGCCGAGCUGCUUCAGCUGGCAAGUGACAAGCACAGUCGGGUAGAAGAGGCCAAUCAGAAGGUAUUCGAAGUGGAGGAGGAGAUGCGUCAGCUGCUGCUGGAGGUGGAAGCCAACAAGAGGAUUACAGAAGAGAAAAUGAAACGGCUUACCAGUGCACUGAAAGAUUUGACCUGUUGAAAUUUCAUGCCGAAAAAACGGUAAAGUGGAGAUGACAAAAACGGUAUAUUUUC